UGGAACUCAUUAGUGAAAUCAGCUGAACGAGUUUAUGAGGAAUAAGCCAAUAAACAUAUGGCAGGACUUUCUCUUUCUCACCACUGGAUUUUACACCUCUGUAAAAGCGACACGAUAUCGCAGGUAUUGUUUGCGGACAUUAUUUUCAACGUAAACGUGUUUAAAGACGAGCUAUUUCAUUGCGUUGAGUGAGCGUGUAAUGCUUUAAUGUGCGUCGUAGAUGUUGUACUUUUUAAUCAGGGAGGAAGUACAUGGUUGAUGUAUCAAAUUCGUCCUGUCACAGAUUUCUGCUGUAGGCAUAAUUCAUUGGCAUGACUUUAGACUAAUACUUGAGCGUCCAGGCGCAUGUUUCUCUAUAACACCAAAACGUGUUUAGCUUCGAACAAGAUGGAAGAUUUUUUUUAAUCUCUUUACGGAAUUCAUAUGACAGCGUUAUUUCUAUCGAGAGUAAAGCAACUAAAGGACAGAUGGAAAAAGGCAAAGUGCUUCUUUCACUGUUAAUUGUCAGUGUUAUUGGCAUUCUAUUUUUAGUGCACAUGAACAGUAAUGCAUAUUACGUGCAAGCUCCUCUAACAAUAAAAGCUCCCCCAUCAAAUAAUAAAUUUAAUAUCGUGGACGCUUCGUAUUCAAUAACACCCAUUAAAGACUCUAAGCAUUUCAUGGUGUCUGCAUACAUCGACCACAGACUUGAUGGGGUCAUUCGAGUCAUCAGCAUAAUCAACAGAAACAAUCUUCAGCCACUUUAUUGUGUUUACUGCAGCGCUGAACAAGUCUGCAAAACUGUUAACGCUGAGGUCCAGAUACACCACGACCACUUUGGCUUCCCGUAUGGUGCCACAGAUGUGUUUUGUAAAGGUGAACGCACACAAAAUGCAGCUCAUGUCCUCAUAACAACUGAUGAGAAAGAUACGGCUGACCACAAAGUAGAGUACUUGCCAAUAAAAAAUAAGGCUGUACAAGAGACUUUCAAGUUUAACUUCACUGUUUGCGUCUCUAACCUUUUCGGCGAUUACAACAAUGUUCUACAGUUUGCUCAAACAAUAGAAAUGUACAAGAUUCUCGGUGUACAGCAUGUGGUCGUCUAUAAAACUGCUUGUGGACCAGACUUGGAAAAGCUCUUGAAACAUUAUGAAACAGAGGGAAUACUGGAGAUCGUUCCAUGGCCUAUCGAUCAGUUUCUGAACCCUUCUUCAGGCUGGAACAUAAAAAAGCACAAGGGAGACAUUCAAUAUUAUGGUCAGUUAGUAACACUUAACGAAUGCAUUUACAGGCACAUGUACCAGUCCAAGUACGUUCUCUUGAACGACAUUGAUGAAAUCAUAAUGCCUUACAAACAUGCCAAUUUAGCAGCUCUAAUGGAGGACCUCCAGUCUGCUCAUCCUGAUAUAGGGGUGUUUCUCAUAGAGAAUCACAUAUUCCCAAAAACUCAGUUUGAGGAGAGUGAGAAGUUCAAACGAGCAGAGUGGAGUAAUAUUCCUGGUGUCAAUAUCAUGGAGCACAUUUACAGAGAACCAAGUCAAAAGAACGUUUACAAUCCCACAAAGAUGAUCGUCAACCCAAGGAAGGUGCAGCAAACCUCAGUACACUCCACUUUGAAAAACUUUGGAGACAGUUUCCGUGUACCCUUUAAUGUAUGUAGGAUUGUACACGUGAGAGUCCCACUGCAGGGGCAUCUUACCAAAGAGCAACUCUUUGUCGACAAAAAAGUCUGGGACUUUGAACGAGAACUGAUACAGAACGUUGAUCAGACUUUGAAACUUUGUGGUUUCCUGUAGCCUUCUAGUUGACGUGUUUGUGUAGUAUUGAUGUGUAUAUAUGUAAAAAUAGCCAAAACUGCUAUUUUCGUUUGCUUGUAUGUUGUUGGUUUUUUUGCUUACCGCAGUAAUAAAAAUAAUGCAUUUGAGCAGCCCGAUGGUUCAACCGUCAAAAUGCUUUUUAAAACGACAACAAAAAAACAGUUGAGAUGAAAGCGCGGGUUUUGUCAAAUGUCAAGCCAGCAUUUCAUGCAUAAAUAUAUUGUAAAUCUUACAAAUACAAAAAUAUCCCUUGUUGUACUGGAUGAAUCUGAUAAUAGACAAUGUUGAUACUCUUGACACAUAUCAAAUUAAAUCACUCUGUCAAUGCAG